UAACCGAGGUCGUGAAAGUGACGUAUGUACGUCAGUAGUGUGGGCCGACCCGCGUAUCGUCGGUACAGUUCUACAAUUUUUUGCACUUGAUUUCUCGCGAAAAGAUUACUAACUUCGCGAUACACGAUCAUGAAUUUCCUUUAGUACAGUUGUAGGAGGACUCGCGAACAAGGGAAACGACUCGUUAUCGUAUGUUCGUGUAACUGGCGUGAGACAAAUUUCAGCUCUCAUACGUGUGCGUUAGGGCCCCGAUCAAUCUUCAAGUUCACGACCCCACGCUUAUUCGAUUAAUUGAGUUUAUCCGUAACAGAAUUCACGCUAAAUUGAUAGUGUUUCGACAAUUCUUCUUUUGUGAGAUUUAGUUCGGUGGUCACCUACGGGUGAAUAGAGAUGGCCAUCCUUCCUCCAGGUGUGGAUCCCUGGAUAAUUCAACCCAGGGAACGUGCAAGAUAUCAAGAACAAUUUGACUCAUUAAAGCCGAUUAAUGGUGUUGUCACUGGAGAACAAGCAAAAGAAUUUUUACUCAAGUCCCAGCUUAGGCCAGCCGUUCUUGGAGAAAUAUGGGCUUUAUCAGAUACAGACGCAGAUGGCAAAAUGGAUAUAAAUGAAUUUAGUAUUGCAUGUAAAUUAAUUAAUUUGAAGUUACGUGGCUUUGAAAUUCCAAAAACAUUACCAAUUAGUCUAGUGCAAAGUUUACAGAUGCUUUCUGCUGAUGAUGCUAAGGCGACAAAUUUAACGAAUGGGGCUGCCAAUAUUCCACCACAAAAUAAUGUUGCUUCCUUAGUGAAUUUAACUGGUUUGCCACAAGUUCCAGUACAACCAGUACAGCCAGUACAACCUUUAAUUGGUGGAGUACCUAUGGCUGGAUCUGUUCCACGUCCUCUUAUAGGACCUCCACCUUCAAAUGGACCAUUGCCAGGGCAUGUGAUUAGACCUGCCUCACCCAUGAAUUUACCAGCAUCACGACAAAAUAGACAGAAUGUGGCUGCCACUACACAUGCCACAACUCACACAGCGUCAAAGCCACCUGCUCGACCUGCACCACCCUCUGUGGGAAUCGUGCCUUCUACAAGUACUGCUACUACCACUACUUCUAGUGGUGGUCCUCCUCAAAGACCUGCACCACCCACAAAUAUUGGAGCAAAUUUUUCACCUGUUACGAGCAUCCCACCACCAAAACCAGCACCUCCAUCAUUUCCUAAUAGCCCUGUUGCGGCUGGGAUUUCACCACUGAAAGCUCCACCUGCUACUGCUGUUGCUCCGCCAGUUCAACCUAUACAAUCAAUGACUACAUCUGCCAUAGGUAUGCCUACGGUAGCACCAAUUGCACCUUUAAAUACAAAUCCAGCCCCAGUAGCCGCUUUCGGUAUGGGACAAGCAAUGCCGAUGCAACCAUUAUGUACUGGCAUGGUUGCACCUAUUACAGCUGGUUCUAAUAUGAUUCCAUCUGUUGCAUUAAUGUCUACUGAAACUGGUGUCGUAUCAACACCUCCAGUUGUAGGUUUACCUUUAGUAUCGGCGACCACAGCAAAUAGUGCAUUAGUAAAUGGUGUAAUCGCUCAAACUCCGGUAUCCACUAGUACUCCGUUAAGUACAACUGCACGUCCACCAAGCAUAGAUAGGGUGGGCUCGGUUGAUUCGCAACAUAGUCAGCAUUCAGUAGGCUCUCCACAGUCUGUAGAAUGGGCUGUACCUCAUCAAACAAAGUUAAAAUAUACUCAGUUGUUCAACACGUGGGACCGGACCCGAUCUGGAUAUUUGUCUGGUCCUCAAGCAAGAAAUAUUAUGGUGCAAUCGCAGUUACCAAAGAAAGUGCUGGCAGAAAUAUGGGCGUUAGCAGAUAUGGAUUCAGAUGGUCGUCUGAGUUGCGAUGAAUUCGUGUUAGCCAUGCAUUUGUGUGAUUUAGUUAAGGUUGGCGAAAAAAUACCCGCUACACUUCCAAUAGAACUUAUUCCACCUGCAUUCAGACGCCAACGACAAAGUAGUUUAACGCUUUCACAAGGUGGAACAGAAAAUGUAGAUCCAUCAGCUGGUAUGCCACAAACCUCAUUUGAGGACAAACGUAAAGAAAACUUUGAAAAAGGUCAAGCUGAGUUAGAACGCAGGCGUAAAGCACUGCUAGAAAUUCAACGAAAGGAACAAGAAGAACGUGAACGGAAGGAGAGAGAAGAAGCAGAGAAACAAGAAAAAAUUAGACUGGAGCAAGAAAGACGUAGACAAGCAGAAAUUGAGAAACAAAUGCAGAGGCAAAAAGAAAUUGAACAAGAAAAGGAAGAACAACGAAAACGAGCUCAGGAACAGAGAGAAGCGGCACGAAAAGAAAUGGAAAGGCAACGGCAGUUAGAAUGGGAAAGACAAAAAUCACAAGAGCUUCAAACUCAGAGGCAAAAAGAGCAAGAUGUAUUACUUAAGUUGAAAGGGAGGAAUCAAAUUUUAACUAUUGAGCUUGGAACACUUAACGAUAAAGUAAAAGAACUGUCACAAAAAAUUUGUGACACUCGAGUGGGUGUUACUGGUGUAAAAACAACAAUUGAUGGUAUGCGAUCAACUCGGGAUGCACAAUUGCAAGAAAUGGCUGCCUUAAAGAAUAAACUUCGAGAACAAAACCAAAGAUUAUUAGCUUUGAGCCAAGAAAAAGCUCGCAUUGAAGCUAAGAACAAAUUAAAUAUGGCUAUGGAAUCAGCGGGUCAAGAAGCUAUCAAAAUGGCAUUUGACAAUAAGCAAAUUACUCUCAAACAAAUGAAAGAUAAAAUUGCUGAUUUACAAGAACAGAUUAACGCAAAAAUGGCUGAUAUAGAGAAUAACAACGGUCAGCUUCAAGAUAUCAAAACACAGUUGACAAAUUUAGUAUCUGACUGCAAGAAUCUCUACGUUACUUUCGAAGAUAAGAAAUUAAAGGUCUUAGAACUUAGAGCUAGCGGUGGUAUUGGAACUGGCACUGAUUACACAACUUCUGCGUGGGGUGAUAGUGCAUGGAAUGAUACUACAGAACCAGUCGAUGACAAUGCUUGGCCUGUUACUGAUACUACUACAACGAAUGCAGUGGAAGAAACUACCCCUGGAGUUAUGAAAUAUAGAGCUCUGUAUGAAUUUGUAGCUAGAAAUCAAGACGAAAUAUCAUUUCAACCCGGUGAUAUUAUCUUGGUACCUCCUGUUCAAAAUACGGAACCAGGUUGGAUGGCAGGAGAAAUAAGGGGUCAUACCGGUUGGUUCCCUGAAUCUUACGUAGAACCAGUAGAUGCUGGAAGUACAAAUGACAGCGCCUUUAUACAGCAAGAUAGCGUAGAAAAGAGGACUUUAGAAGGAAUUGCGGAAGUCCCCGAGAAUGUAUCUGAUGCAGGUUCAUUAGGUGGUGAACCUCCCAUUGUUGAACCUAUUAUACCUACCCUUGGAUUAGGCGUAGCCUGUGAUGUACAGGCAACAGCUUUGUUUCAGUAUCGCCCUACGACGGAGCAGCAUCUUCCAUUUGAAAAGGGCGAUCUUAUUAAAGUUAUUGAACAGCAAGGCGAUUGGUGGUACGGUACAUCUAACGCUGGAACUGGUUGGUUCCCUAAAUCAUAUGUGAAAGAAAUUUCUGUUAGUCAGCCUGCAGUAGUCGAUGGUCUCAACGAAUAUUACAUGGCGUUAUAUCCAUAUGCUUCGACCGAGCCCGGUGAUCUUAAUUUCAAUCAAGGAGAGAUUAUAUUAGUUACUAAGAAAGAGGGCGAUUGGUGGACUGGUACUAUAGAUGACAGAGUUGGAGUAUUUCCCGCAAAUUAUGUAGAAAAAUGUGAUGCCCCAAGUCAGGGUGCCUCUAUAACCACUAACGUGUCUGAGACAAUUACGGAUACUACGGUAACAACAGAUACAACCACGAGUAUUUGUGACACAAGUGCUUCAGUUGCCCAGGCAACAUUGCAAACAGAAAAGACCGCUGAACAGCUUGAAGAUGAAAGAGCAGCUGCAGAAGAUAGAGCAGAAUUGCCAGAUUUUACAGCAAUGGCUGCGCAGCAGUAUUACAAGCGAGGAAGGAAACCUGAAAUUGUACAAGUUAUCGCACCUUACCAAGCUACGAGUUCUGAACAGUUAGAUUUACAAAAGGGACAGUUAAUAAUGAUACGCAAGAAAACAGAUAAUGGUUGGUGGGAAGGAGAAUUACAGGCACGUGGUAAAAAGAGACAAAUUGGCUGGUUCCCAGCAUCUUAUGUUAAACCUUUAACUAGUGGUAGCAAUAGAAGUACACCUGUUUCUCAUGGAUAUCAAGACUCCCCUACAGAUCCAAAUGUUGAGCGUGUUAUGGCAUUAUAUCCGUAUCAAGCACAAAAUGAAGACGAAUUAAGCUUUGAAAAAGGUGACGUUAUAACCGUGCUUGCAAAACAGGAAGCGGCAUGGUGGAAAGGCGAAUUAAAUGGAGUCUCUGGAGUUUUCCCCAGUAAUUAUGUAUCUCCUAUGUCUAAUGAGAUGACAACUGAAUUGUUAAUGGCUGGAUUGGAUACCAUGGAAAAAAAACGGCAAGAAUACAUCAAAGAACUUAUCACAACAGAGCAAGCAUAUAUAGAAGAUAUGAGACUUGUUCAUGAGGUAUUUGAGAAACCUCUCCUUGAAAGUUUAGUUUUAACUGUAGAUGAAGUGGACAAGAUAUUUGUUAACUGGAGGGAUAUUAUUGCCUGCAAUGACAAUUUUUUAAGAACAUUACGAAUACGACGAGAUAACAGUGAAGGAGGAAUAGUUAGAAUGAUUGGAGAUAUUUUGUGUGAAAACAUACCUAGAAUGUCAGCUUACAUUAGAUUUUGCAGUUGUCAGAUAUCAGCUGCUGUUUAUCUCCAACGAUUGACCGAAACUGUACCAGAAUUUGUCAAAGUAGCGCACACUUGUCAACAGGAUCCACGUACGAAAGGAAUGCCUUUAAGUUCAUUUUUAAUAAAACCAAUGCAAAGGAUAACAAAAUAUCCCCUUAUUAUUGGCAAAAUUCUAGAGCACACUCCUGCUGAUCAUCCUGACAGACAGUAUCUUCAAGAAGCUCUGGCUAAAGCAGAAGAAUUUUGUACCCAGGUAAAUGAAGGAGUUAGAGAGAAAGAAAAUAGUGAUAGAUUAGAAUGGUUACAAACACAUGUGGCUUGUGAUGGACUUGAGGAACCACUUAUUUUUAAUUCUUUAACUAAUUCUUUAGGUCCAAGAAAGCUUCUUCACUUCGGUAUACUUCAUAAGGCAAAGAGUGGAAAGGAACUUGUUGGAUUCCUCACAAAUGACUUCUUAUUAUUUGCUCAACCAACAAUUACUAAGAAGUCUUUAUCUAGUGGGCAACAAUUCUCGUUUGAGCGAAAUGAACAUCAGAAGUUUAAAAUGUAUAGAAAGCCAAUCGUCUUAAAUGAAUUAUCCUUCUUAGGAGAUUCAGAUACAAAUGGAACUCUUAACUUAAGUUGGGGAGAGGGUACUGAAAAUUCAUCUAGGUUACUUAGACUGAGGGAUCAAAAGAAGCCUAUAAUAUUAAUGGCCCCGUCUCCAAGUGAAUGUUCACUGUGGACCAGAAGACUUACAGAGGCAAGAAAGAAAUUUAUAGAAAACGAGAAAACACGUUUACAAAGACAACGAUCAAUUCGCAGGAGACCACCUCAGGGUAGGCUUCAAUUAGUAGUUGUGGAAGCUGAAGAUAUUAUGAUAAAGAAAGGCAAGUGCAACACGUUUUGUAAAGUGAGCAUGGGAUCCCAAGAAGAGAGAACAGGUGUGGUAUCAGGAACAGAUUGUCCUAUGUGGGAUACAUCAAUGCAGUUCCAAGUAAAGGAUUUACUUGAAGAUACCUUGUGCAUUACAGUGUUUGACAAAGGCUAUUAUAGUCCAGAUGAAUUCCUUGGUCGAGCGGAGAUUAGAGUUGCUGAUAUAAUGAGAGAUAGUAGAGACUCGUGUGGACCAAUUCAAAAACGUAUUCGAUUGCACGAGGUUGAAAGAGGCAUCGUUGUCUUGAAAUUGGAUCUUAGACUGUUUGGCAAUCGGUAGAAAGACUGAAUUAUUUAAGUACGUGAUUACAGUAUACAGCUACACUUAUUACUGCCAAUACAAUUUUAUUGUUUCUAAUUGUACAAUCAUAUUUCAAUCUAAUUAACUAGAUUUAUUCAUUACAUACCAUUAAUAGGGGGCACAAAGCGACCAUUUUUUGAUACGAGGGUAUUUAUUAUACACUAUGAAACCUGUAAGGAUAGAUAUUACUUGAUACGCUUUCUUUUUAAAUUACAUGGGACUGGUAUCCAGUGUAAUUCUGGAAAUUAAUUUAUAAGAGAAAUAUUAUUUUAAUUUCCAAAUCGUACGCAUACAAAAAUCCAUUGAAUCAUUUAAAUUCUUGUCAAAGUACAGUAUUAUUGUUAUUGUUAUGAUAUUUAUAGUAUAUAAGUAAAAAGCAUUUAUUUUUUUAUAUAAAAAUAUGUACAAAAUAUGUUAGGUGGGCAUUAGCAUAAAUAAAAGGGCAUAAAAUAAAUAA